GCACGCAAAUCCAAAGUUAACAGGCUUAAUGGUCGCGUUAAUAUCAUCCUUGCAUGCUAUUCCAGCAUUGUCGUAACAACACUUUAUCGUCGUCAUGUUUCUAGCAGAUUUUUUUCCAAUACUUUUCUUGUUCACUUUUCCACUUCCUAUUUAACAGGAAUCGUAUUCAUUGAAAGUAUCGCGUCGGGAUAUUACGCAGAGCCAGACUACAGAAAUUGCUGGGAAAUUAUUCAUGAAUUCUGUUCAGUGGCAUGUUUAGAUACAAAUUGCUACAACGGGUUGCAUUAUACGCACUUGCGUGUAUGCUGCUCUUUUUCAGAUUUGUUGGAAUUAUUUUGCACAAAAACACUCUUUGUUAAUUCGACAGCUGAUUUAUAAACAGAUAACAGUUAUUUCUGUUUAUAAAUUUUGGAUAUGAACAUUUCGGUAAGACAAAAAGAUGAUUUCAUGAAAAUGACAAUAAAUGAUGCGACGAUAUGAACAGAACGGGUCGUCAAGACAUGACCUCAGAGUCAGAUACAGAGACAAAACAACGCCCUAUCAAGCACUCAUGUUGUGUUUCGCUACGCCGAGAUGUUCACUGGAAAAGCCUUAUUUUAACAUUGCUCAUUCUUGGUUGCCUAGGAGCUAUAGCUUGGUGUCGACUGGCGAUAAUUACUACUGUUGUUAUGUUCUAUGAAAGACAUUCUGCACACAAAGGUGUCAGUAAAAGUAGCCCGUGUGCGGAUGGAUACAUCUACAUUCCAGUAGCUUUUGUGAUACUUUUGUAUUUAGUUUAUUUAGUGGAGUGUUGGCAUUGUCACACACGAAUUGAGCUCAAACAUAAGGUGGAUGUACAAACGGUGUAUCAUAAAAUGCGGCAAAUGCGGGAAGCUUUGCCUAUCAUAUGGUGGAAAGCUCUUUGUUUUCACUAUGUUAGACGGACACGACAAGUUACCAGAUAUCGUAAUGGAGACGCCUUUACUUCAACUCAGGUAUAUUAUGAACGAGUAAAUUCACAUACUGCGGGAUGCGCAUUUAACUUCACAAAUUGUGGUUUUAAGGAUGACACAAAAUUUGUGACAGGUUUAGAAGACUAUCCAGCAACUAAAAUUAGAUUCUCGAAGAGUUAUUCUUUCAUUCAUAAGGAUGCAAAAUAUGAAUUCGAUGAGCAGAGAAACCAGUUUUUCACGGAAAAUGAACGCCGUGAUGAUUAUAUGGAAACUCGCGAAGGAAUGGAUCUGCUUAAUGUUAAUUUUAAAGAACAUAUGAUGGCAUUUAAAGACCCAGACAAUUUACCUUGGUAUGUUUCCAACUGUAUUUUCUGGAUUGCAUCUUUUCUCAUGUUAUCCUGGCCACUUCGUGUAAUUAUUGAAUACAAGACGGCGUAUAUUCAUUAUCACGUCCAUAAAGUAUUUGGAACCAAUUAUCUAAAUACUGAACAGUCAGCUGGCGCCAAUAUUGCGCGAACAAAUACGAUAGGAAGUGCCGAACUAGAAUUGAUUGUUCGUAAUAAUUUUACCAUAGUGCCAAGUUAUUCAGAAGCGCUCUUAAUGAACGUUGAUGCAACAAGUACACGUCAAGUUCACGACGCCAACGCUAAUGUCACAUCUCCUAUCCUUGGGCCAACGCGGAGUAUUACUUGGAAUAAUAUUGCUAAUAGGGGUACCAGUAGUGGAAAUAUAACUGGAUUCAUUUCAAGUGCAACAAUUCCUAAUAUUAUACAUUCCUCAUCUUUUCAUGAUACAGAAAAUGUGGACAUACUCUCACCUGUUUCUGGGGAACGGACAUUUAGGUCUUCUUUAAGAAAUAUGUUACGAUCGCCGUGGACAAGAAGACGGAAGCAAAGCUUUCAGUCCUGCAGUAGACGCAGUAAUACUAUGUUUAUGCUUUCUAGUCCAGAAUCUCUCGACGGUUAUUCACUAGAAGUGGAUCAACGUCUCCAGUCCGUUCACCUGACACGAGAUUUUUCUUCUUGCAAUGAUGUGAAUGUCAACACGUUGACAAGCACUGUUCGAAAUUGUGAUAAUAUACAUAAUGCAGAUGAACAUGACUCGAAUUCGAUUAGUCAAGUAAGUCAUCCCAUGGAUAUUACCAAUACAUCAUUCCAAAAUAGAAUAAAUACUGGUAAUAUAUCUAAUCAAGGUACAGGAAACGAGUUACGUCCAAAACCACCGAGACCGUGCUCCUUUAUUACUCAUGGGGACGGCACUUAUACAGAUGAAAAUGUGAAAACAGAAAGUAGAAAACAAGCAUUUAUACAAAGUAACUUACCAAAAGUUCCCAUAAACAAUAUCUUAACUGAAAGUUGUUCAACAAUGAAUAUGACAACUCCAACGCCUUCGUCGCCCCCUUCUUACGAGCAAGCCUUAAGUAUGCAUAGACCUAUUCCAGAAGAUAAUGUAAGAAAUCAGUCAGGGGCUCAAACUUUGCCACAAGGGACUUCCCAUACACUAUACAGUGCCAUAAUGGAAACGUCGCUGUGAUUUAUGAAAAAAAAACGCUUCAAUCGUUUUCUUAUAUAUAUUUAAUGAAUAUAUUACUGUCCAUCAAAAUAUAUCUCCGAAGUUCGGUUCAACUGAUAAUAGUAAGUAAUUAAACCGUUACGAAAACGAUUUUCAAUUUAUCUUUCUACGUAAACAGGAUGUAUUUCAUGCAAGCUAUGGCUAAAAUGACGGGGACAGACGGUCUUACUAGACAAAAUGCACUUUUGAGAAAUGGCAGCAUCGUCUGUCCUAAAACAUAUACACUGACGCAAGCAAUCUACACCGUGACAUAAUUCAGAACACAUUUCAAAACGUUGUAGAAUAAAUAAAUGAUACAUUUUCGCAAAAAAAUGACUGCAGUCUCUUGAAAUGCAAAAUCAUUAUCAGACUAAUUUAGACCAGUGGGCCAUUAUUUGUAAUAAUUUCCUGCUGGAACAUACUGAAUCGGUGCGCGCGUGUGUGUAUGUGACAAAACAUAACACAAUCGGGUAUACACGUAUACAUCACAAUUUGCGUAACUGAAAGGAUCACAAAAUUAUCGGCUUUUCAGUACUGCUUUUAGAUGCAUUGUAUUCUUGAUACUUUUGUUAUCUUGUGUAUAUUAAACUUUAAUAUAUA